CGCCUCCAUCCGUAGCUCGGCUUUUUUACUCGUACAUUGUCUUAUUUUGACACGGGCUGUCUCGACAAGCUUCAACUCUCGCUGGCCGUGAGCUCCUCCUGCCCACCGUCCCUGGUGACCCCUCUGCACCGCGCCCGCCUUCCGAGAGCCGCCGUCCGAGCCGCCCCUCGCACACACCGCCGCACCGAGGACGACAACGGCUUCCCCCCGUUGGCGAAACCCUCCGAGGCCGUCCGCUCCCCUCCACCGUCCAGCGCGCUCGCCCGAGAGCCGCUGAAGCCCUCUCGCCCACCAUGGAUCACGACGGCGAGACCCCGUCCGUCGAGGUGCGCCGCGCCCAGCAGGUCGACAAUGCCAUCCGCGCCAUCCAGGAGAAGAAGCCGGUCCCGGAGAUUGACUUUACUCUCCAUACCAUGGAGGACGGGACCCAAGUGAGCACGCUCGAGCGCGUAUGCAAAGACGUCCAAGCCCCCGCCAUGCACAAGCCCACCGAUGAGCAAUUCUACCACGACGACACCCGCAGCAAGCCCGACAUCAACUUCCUCAAGCAGCACUUCUACCGUGAGGGACGCCUGACCGAGGAGCAGGCCCUCUUCAUCCUAACGAAGGGCACCGAGCUGCUCCAUGCCGAGCCCAACCUCCUCGAGAUGGACGCCCCCAUCACCGUCUGCGGCGACGUCCAUGGCCAGUACUACGACUUGAUGAAGCUCUUCGAGGUCGGCGGCGACCCGGCCGAGACGCGCUACCUCUUCCUCGGCGACUACGUCGACCGUGGCUACUUCAGCAUCGAAUGCGUCCUCUACCUCUGGUCGCUCAAGAUCCAUUACCCCAAGACGCUGUGGUUGCUGCGGGGCAACCACGAGUGUCGCCACCUGACGGAUUACUUCACCUUUAAGCUCGAGUGUAAACACAAGUACUCCGAGGCCGUCUACGAGGCCUGCAUGGAUUCGUUUUGCAGCCUGCCCCUGGCGGCCGUCAUGAACAAGCAGUUCCUCUGCAUCCACGGCGGUUUGAGUCCGGAGCUGCACACCCUCGAUGACUUACGAAACAUUGAUCGCUUCAGAGAGCCUCCCACUCAGGGUCUCAUGUGUGACAUCCUAUGGGCGGACCCCCUCGAGGACUUUGGUCAGGAGAAGACGAGCGAUUACUUCCUGCACAACCACGUGCGGGGCUGCUCGUACUUCUUCUCGUAUCCCGCCGCGUGUGCCUUCCUGGAAAAGAACAACUUGCUAUCCGUCAUUCGCGCGCACGAGGCCCAGGACGCCGGGUACCGCAUGUACCGAAAGACGCGUACAACGGGCUUCCCUAGCGUCAUGACCAUCUUCUCCGCGCCCAACUACCUCGACGUCUACAAUAACAAGGCGGCUGUUCUCAAGUACGAGAACAACGUCAUGAAUAUUCGCCAGUUCAACUGCACGCCGCACCCGUACUGGCUGCCCAACUUCAUGGACGUCUUCACCUGGUCGCUGCCUUUCGUCGGCGAGAAGAUCACGGACAUGUUGAUCGCCAUCCUAAGCACGUGCUCUGAGGAGGAGCUCAAGGAGGAGACGCCGUCGUCAACGUCACCGCACUCGCCGACGACAUCGACGGUCAGCGACGACCCCAACUCAAUCGAGUUCAAGCGGAGGGCAAUCAAGAACAAGAUUCUUGCCAUUGGACGGAUGUCCCGGGUGUUCCAGGUCCUGCGAGAAGAGUCGGAAAAGGUUACGGAGCUCAAGACUGUUUCUGGCGGCAGGCUGCCUGCCGGCACGCUGAUGCUGGGCGCCGAGGGCAUCAAAAACGCCAUUAGCUCGUUUGAGGACGCGCGCAAGGUCGAUCUACAGAAUGAGCGCCUGCCCCCCAGCCACGAGGAGGUGGUGAAGCACCAGGAGGAGGAGCGUGCGACGGCCCUACAGAAGGCAGCCCAGGAUGCUGAGAACGACAAGAAGGUCCAGCAGCUUGCGCGGAGGCUGAGCACGGAUCGAAAGCACCGAUAGGCACGAACAGCGCUUCGGGGCGGGAGGCGGCAACCAACGACUUGGGGGGCGUUGGAGGGGAUGAAAAUGACGAAUGUACCGGGAUGCCGGCGCCAGAGCGACGAGAUAUACCACAAGAUGUACAUUCGGCUUUCGUCUGCAUCACGGUCAUUGCGAGGAUACGGGCCCUGUGGCAAGUGUGCGAGUAGCUCCGUCGAGUGGGCCAGUCGCGCGACUUUAGGUGAGCCGGGUGAGCCAUGCAGGUGUGGGCGCUCAGCCGAGGCGAGGCUAGGUAUUUCUGCAGCAUAAUAGCAGGUGCGGCUAGCUUAGCACCGUAGACGGCCGUAUUUUUAUUAGUUCUCGCGUUAUAUAGGUCAUCGCGGCUCCCUCGAUCAAGGUCGUCGAGACCAUCUUUCCAUCUCACUGUCCUAAUCUUGUACUAUAGCG